AUGUCUCGCACAGCUCAGAAGCGUCUAUUAAAGGAAUUACAGCAAUUAACCCGUGAUCCACCUCCUGGAAUAAUUGCUGCUCCUAAAACUGAAAGCGAUCUAUUUACUUGGGAUUGUCUUGUUGCUGGGCCACCAGACACACCAUAUGCAGGCGGUUUAUUUAAUUGUCAGUUACAAUUCCCAACUGAUUAUCCAUUAUCACCACCAACACUUACAUUCACCCCAUCAAUUUUACAUCCAAACGUUUAUCCAAAUGGGGAAGUUUGUAUAUCUAUUUUACAUGCUCCAGGUAGUGAUCCAAACAUGUAUGAAUUACCAGAAGAGCGUUGGUCUCCUGUACAAAGUGUCGAGAAAAUUUUAUUAAGUGUUGUCAGUAUGCUAAGUGAGCCAAAUGUAGAAAGUGGUGCGAAUAUCGACGCUUGCAUUCUAUGGAGAGAUCACAGGGAUGACUUUAAUAAAAAGGUUAAAAGAGAUGUUUUAAAAUCAUUAGGAUUUUGA